AUGAAACCUGUGAUGUUGCUGCUGUCGAUUGGAGGCGUAUUCUGCCUCAUUCCAAACGAUCUCUCCUAUCCCUACGAUUGCUCUAAACAGAUUGCGAACCAAGAGAAGACUACCUUGGAGGACGUUUUGGCCAGAGCUUCUCUACAGGCCGUUGGAGCCUAUUCUCAAAUUGUACAGAAAUUCUCACAAUCACUUGCUAAUCUCAAAACCGCCAUCGAGGAAUGGGCCAUAACUUACGGACUCGAGCAAGAGUACCGAAAAAUCGCUAACGAGUCUGAGAGAGAAAAUGCUGACUAUAGAACAGCGGUCAAGGAGCUGUAUCCUAUUCUCACGGAGUUCCUCGGUAAUCACAUGAAAGUUGGAAACGGCAAGAAACGGUCAUUGAUGCUUGCUUUCAAAAGAACUUUAGCGCUACCACACAGGUUCGACACCAGCCAGCAAUCAAUUUUCGAAAGAGUAAUCAAAUCUUAUAAUCCAUCACUGGCUUCCAGCAAUGCAGGGAACUAUGGAAGUUAUGCAGGCAGCUUCAUAAGCUUUCCGGGGAACAGCGGCGAUUACAAUAGAGUACCUGGUGCACUUGGCAGACAAGACUAUCCAGGUAUGGAACCCACAGAAUACGGAGGAUACUUUACCGGAUAUCAAGGAAUUGGCGCUAAAUACACGGACGCUAAAGGAUACCCAAACAAUAAUGACCUAUUGCCAAGAGUUAAUGACGAUUAUAGCAAUCAGUGGCUCUUUUGA